AUGGAGACCGAUUACCUGGUUAAGGGAGGAUACUGCAAUGGGACGCUGGAGGAGGAUGUGCCUGACCCUGACGUUACGGGCUGGGGAAUCGUAUCUUCGUUUUGCUUUUCCAUCGUAAUGAAUAUGAUCGCCAUUAUGGUAGCAUAUGCGGCAAAUGCGCUACCUGAGGAACGUUACAAGUCAAUAGACAGCAUCGCCUACCGUCGCGUGUCGCAGGCAGAGAGGCAGCGACGUAUCAAAGCCUUCGAGUCGUUCAUGCUAUCUUUGAGCGAUCAGCAACUUGUCACUGGCAUGGCUCUCAUGCUGGCAACGAUACUGAUAUUCUCGGGGAUUCAUGACCUGGAUGAUAGCUUCUCGGUGUACUCGUUUCAAAUCGCGACCCGACUCGGUUACUUCUCGUGCAUCACGCACCUUUGUUCCCUCUCAGUACUAUGGGAAUACUUUGACCGACAUAAUUGGCUGCGAAUAUUUCGAACCAUUCUUAUGGUGGCUUUUCUAGUCAUGAUGAUUGGUUGCAUGAUCAUAUCAGACUCUGUGACGUUUCGCUUCAAUCGCCACGUUUCGGUCAAGUGUGCGAGAGAGCAUUUCAAGUUGAUUGAUCGAGAAAGACCGAACUACGUCUUCUUCUCUGACGAAUUCAUUAUUAUCUUCAACUUAUCCGUAUUGACUUACAUUCUUAUAUCUGUAUAUGUUCAAAGGUUUCUACAACUGUACUGCAUGCCGGCACGCGACGAACAAGACUUUUGGCAAUGUCGCUCCUUACGAGCUCUGUUUGGAUCUGAUACCGAGGAUCGGUUCAAGAGCCUUGACAAGAACAAAACAUUAGCGGACAUCAGAUCUAGUUUUCUCUGGGAGAUCGUGUGGCUAUUCUUCUACUUCACAUUUGGGACCGCGAAUCUCCUCAGAUUCUUCGAUGAUGCCACUUUGAAUAUUGGAGCUAUAAAACCAAAUUUCGGGCAGCUCGUACCUUUAUUUCUUCUGGCGCUUCCUUUGAUCACAGCCACUGAAGCUUAUACAACGGCCACAGAGUAUGAACCAGUCUCAUCCGAUGUUCCUGCUGGAGAUGAUCUGACACCAGAGCUGGGAUACGAGGAUCCGAACCAACCUGCACGAGAAAUAUGGGAUUACUGGCCCUUGUUCUUGUUAAUGAUAUAUGCAACCGGGCUUGUACUUUGGGCUCUUAUCUUUGCAGAUGUUAUACCCCAUAGCUUCUUUCUCUCCAUUGCAGCAUGGGUCGUUGCAUUUCUGGUAGAGGUUGCAAGCUUUCGGAGCUGGUUCAGGGUUGCAUUUUGCGCUCUAUGGACAACUUUGGGAAAUCGAUGGUUGAACACGAGAGCCUUCUUCAAUCGGCUGAAGGAAAGCUUUCGAUUCUUUCCAUUUCCCCGUAGAUAG